CAAACACCCAUUAUUUAAAAAAUAACUCACCGUUUCGUGGCUGCUUUCAAGCUUGUCAAUCAGUAGUUAAAUACCCUUUCUUUGGUAAUUUCUGAAGGGGAAAUAAUUAUUUCUACCGUUUUACAUUUAUUUAGCUCUUCCAUGCUUGUUGCUGCUGCUGAUUGUUCUUGGACAUGUUCAAUUUCUGCUUAUUCCCUUUUUAUGUCCUCCGUUUUCUUUCCUUCAUUCAAGCUCUACAAGGGAUCUUACCCCCGUUCUCGUUCUCGUUCUCGGCUACAACCAAAUGGAACAAUCUAACAUCAAAAGGAAGAAGUCUGCAUGGCAAAAUCGUGCAUUCAGGAUACGGGGGACUAGGGAAAAUUGCGACAGCCCUAGAGGGAGGGCCGUUGGGAAACAAGCAACUCCAUUCAAUGAAGGCUUGAAGCCUUGAAUCCUGGAAACCCCUUCGACAUGGCCUGCAUAUCCCCUUGGUACUCCCGUUUGCACAAACCCGAACCGUCUGUUCAUUGCGUACGCACUCUUGUAUAUAUAUAUUUGGCGGCUGUUCCCGCCUCCUCGCCGUCUGCAUCAUGCUAUGUCUUGCUCUUCAGCACUCAUCUACAAGUGUGUGCGUUUGGUUGGAUACAUCAUAUAAUGAUUAUCAUGAAUCUCUGACGGCUUAUUUGAUACCCCUUACACUUGUUUUACGUCUACCGAUCUUGAAUCCCUAUUUUCUACAAUUGUGUCGAUUUACUCUGUGUGCGUGUGUGUGUGUGUGAGAGAGAGUGAGAGAGAGAGAGAGAGAGAGAUGUCAGGAAAGCCACAGAGGAAAGGUCGAGGAUCAGCGCGAGUUGACCGCGGUGGUGGUGGAGGUGGCCGCGGGGGCCGGGAUGGGGGUGGGCAAAGACAUCCUAUAUUUGGACAGACUCCUGACACCCCUCGUAAUAGGAGAGAAGGCGUCGCGAGUGGAGACGCCGCCCAAGCAAGCGCCAUAAGUUGUGCUGGGUUCUCCGAUCUGGAAAUCUUCUCGUAACUACUAUUUUCCAUUUCCUACAAGGCGAGUUGACGGGUUAGAGCUAAUGACAUGAAUCACUCCUCAGAUAUCAAAGUCAUGUCCCCCAACCAAAUAGUACGGUUCAGAGCGUCGAAAAUCAUGUCAACACUGCCGUUCUAGCCUUGAGUUCGACAUCCAAGGAGCCCAAACUGCCCCAGCGUCCAACCUUCGGAACUCAAGGGAAUAAAGUCACCCUAUACGCAAACUAUUUCGAGUUGGCCGUGAAGCAGGAUCUUUCUCUCUACCGCUAUAAAAUCAUUCUAGAUCCGGAUGAAAGGGGAAGACUCCCCAUCGGCAGAAAAGCGAAACAGAUCAUCCGCCUGUUCCUGGAUCAGGAGUUUUAUAAGCUCAGCGACAAGAUCGCCAGUGACUUUAAGUCCACCAUCAUCAGCAGCGUGGAACUCGAACCUCUUCAAAAGUUGCCUUAUAUAGUCACGUACCAAGCCGAGGAUGAGCUAGAGCCCGCUCCAAAUGCCAGAAUGUACACUCUCAAAGUUACUCGCACUGGUACUCUGCAAGUUAGUGCACUGGUGGACUACCUUUCUUCUACCAGUGCAAAUGCUGUAUUCGGCGGCAAGGAAGAGGUCAUCCAGGCACUGAACGUCGUUAUGGGAUACUACCCCAAAGACUCAGAACAUAUCGCCAAUGUCGGUACAAACAAGCAUUUCUUUAUAAAACCCCCUGACGUUGAAAAAUGGGACUUGACCGGCGGACUAGAGGUGCUACGGGGAUUCUUUGGCAGCGUCCGUGCAGCCACUGCACGCAUUCUUCUGAACGUUCAAAUCAGCAACGUUGCGGUGUUUGCAGAAGGUCCAUUGCCUCGGGUGAUGAUGAGUUUCUUCCAGAGUUACGGACACAGUAUGGGAAAGCUGGACAGGUUCCUAAAAUCGGUCCGCGUGCAGUUAACGCAUAUGAAAAAAGUUGGUAGUGAUGGGCGCGAAGUCCUACCCAUAAAGACUAUUCUAGGCGUGGCCACUAUUGAUGAUGGCCGCGGAAUGAAAAACAAACCAAGAGUGCAGAGAGUUGGUGCCGGACCGAAGGAUGUGACGUUUUACAAAGAGCCCAAUGCUGAUGAUGAAAUGUUGGGCGCAAAUACUUCUAGUACAGCUGGCGCCUACGUGAGCGUAUUUGAAUUUUUCAGGGACAUUCGCAAAAUUACUCUGGAAAAUCCCGAUCUUCCCGUCGUCAAUAUCGGAAGCCGGGAGCGUCCGAUAUAUUUGCCCCCUGACGUGUGCAUUGUAUUGCCUGGGCAGGCUCCCAAUAUGACUCUAAGCACGACCCAAACCCAGCAGAUGAUCAAGUUUGCGGUCCGCCGCCCUGCGCUAAAUGCGAAGUCGAUAAAUACAAAAGGAGCACAGAUCUUAGGCGCUUCUCAGCCUGCGAACUCUACUUUGGCUGGAUUUGGACUUGCAGUGCAGCCGGGAUUAAUUACAGUGCCUGGACGAGUCUUGCAGGGCCCACAGGUCAGAUAUAAAUCGGUAGGGAGGGAUGCUCGGCCACCCACGAAUCCGAAUUCUGGCAGCUGGAAUUUGCAACGUAAUCAAUUCUCAGUUGCAAAACCCCUGAAGAACUGGGCAUGUCUCUGGAUUCAGAAACGCGAUACUAGUCUACCUUGGCCAGAUGCUGAAACGCUUUCGAGCCAGGCAUUGGAUCCAUUCAUUAGACAGUUAAAACAAUUGGGCAUGACUGUUGACCAACCCCUGAUUCACAUAUGCCCUGACGACUUUGAACGAUCGAUCGAAGAGCAUAUUGCCAGUGUGUUACAAUUUAAACCUUCGCUCCAACUUAUUUUCUUCAUCCUCCCUGUUGUCAGCAGCAUCUACAGCCGCAUCAAGUACCUCUGCGAUGUCAAAUGGGGCGUGCAUAGCAUCUGCGUCGUCGCCGGCAAAUUCGCCAAAGAAAGGAACUGCCAGUACUUCAGCAACGUCGCUCUCAAAUUCAACCUCAAACUCGGCGGCACCAACCACACUCUCGACCCGUCCAAGCUCGGCUUCAUAUCCGAGGGUAAGACCAUGGUCGUCGGCCUCGAUGUCACCCACCCGUCCCCCGGCUCCUCCUCCAACGCCCCCAGCAUCGCCGCAAUCGUCGCCUCCAUCGACCAAGACCUCACCCAAUGGCCCGCAGAUGUCCGCAUUCAACCCUCCCGCCAGGAAAUGGUCUCGGGGCUCGACGAGCUCCUCAAAUCCCGCCUGCGGCUCUGGGCCAAACACCACCGCACCGCCUACCCGGAAAACAUCCUCGUGUACCGCGACGGCGUCUCAGAGGGGCAGUACAACACCGUCCUGAACGAGGAACUGCCCCUGCUCCAAAAGGCCUGCCGCUCCCUAUACCCGGCGCAGCAGACACGCAGAGGCCUCCCGCGCCUCUCGAUCAUCAUCGUCGGCAAGCGGCACAACACGCGCUUCUUCGCCUCCGCGCCCGCCGCCGCCGACCGCUCCUUCAACCCGCGCAACGGCACCGUCGUCGACCGCGCCGUCACCGACGCCCGCAACUGGGACUUCUUCCUGCAGGCCCACACCGCGCUGCACGGCACCGCCCGCCCGGGCCACUACUACCUCGUCUACGACGAGAUCUUCCGCUCCAGCGUCGUCAAGCCGUCCCUGGCCAGACUGACGGGUGGCAUCGGGGCGAACGUGGCGGAUGCGGUCGAGGCGCUGACUCAUAAUAUGUGCUAUCUGUUCGGGCGCGCGACGAAGUCGGUGAGCGUGUGUCCGCCGGCGUAUUAUGCGGAUCUGGUCUGUACGAGGGCUAGGUGUUAUUUGAGUAGGUUGUUUGAGGCGGGGUCGGCGGCGGGGUCUGUAGCAGCAGGGUCUGUGGCGGGGGGUGGUCGAUCUAUGUCGAGUUUGGAGGUGGGGUUGGCGAAGUUGUCUACGGCUAUGCCGCAGGGGGGGGAGGGGGAUGGAGGGAAUGAUCAGCAGGAGGCUAGGGUAAGUGAGGUGAGGAUCCAUGAGUUGGUGAGGGAUUCGAUGUUUUACAUUUAG